AAACGUGUCAUCCAGUACUUUGCAACAAUUGCAGCUAGUGGAGAUAAGAAGAAGGAGGACCAGCCAGCGGGCAAAAUGCAGGGGACACUUGAGGAUCAAAUCAUCAGUGCCAACCCUCUGUUGGAGGCUUUUGGGAAUGCCAAGACUGUGAGGAAUGACAACUCCUCACGCUUUGGUAAAUUCAUCAGAAUCCACUUUGGUGCCACAGGCAAGCUGGCUUCUGCUGACAUUGAAACUUAUCUGCUGGAGAAGUCCAGGGUCACUUUCCAGCUCAAGGCUGAAAGAAGCUACCACAUCUUUUAUCAGAUCAUGUCCAACAAGAAGCCGGAGCUAAUUGAGAUGCUGCUGAUCACCACCAACCCAUACGACUAUCACUAUGUGAGUCAAGGGGAGAUCACAGUGCCCAGCAUUAAUGACCAGGAGGAGCUGAUGGCCACUGAUAGUGCCAUUGACAUCCUGGGCUUCACUCCUGAUGAAAAAACAGCCAUUUACAAGCUGACGGGGGCUGUCAUGCACUAUGGCAACCUGAAGUUUAAGCAGAAGCAGCGUGAAGAGCAGGCAGAGCCAGAUGGCACAGAAGUUGCAGACAAGGCUGCCUACCUGAUGGGUCUCAACUCAGCAGACCUGCUCAAGGCGCUGUGCUACCCCCGUGUCAAGGUUGGGAAUGAGUAUGUGACCAAGGGUCAAACCGUGCAGCAGGUAUACAACUCAGUGGGUGCCCUCGCAAAAUCUGUCUUUGAGAAGAUGUUCCUGUGGAUGGUUGUUCGCAUCAACCAGCAGCUGGAUACCAAGCAGCCCAGGCAGUACUUCAUUGGUGUCCUGGACAUCGCUGGCUUUGAGAUCUUUGAUUUCAACAGCCUGGAGCAGCUCUGCAUCAACUUCACCAAUGAGAAAUUGCAACAGUUCUUCAACCAUCACAUGUUCGUUCUGGAGCAAGAGGAGUAUAAAAAGGAAGGCAUCGAAUGGGAGUUCAUUGACUUUGGCAUGGACUUGGCUGCCUGCAUUGAGCUCAUUGAAAAGCCCAUGGGCAUCUUCUCCAUCCUAGAAGAGGAGUGCAUGUUCCCCAAGGCAACUGACACCUCUUUCAAGAACAAGCUCUAUGACCAGCAUCUGGGCAAGUCCAACAACUUCCAGAAACCUAAACCUGGCAAAGGCAAGGCUGAGGCCCACUUCUCCUUGGUGCACUACGCUGGCACAGUGGACUACAACAUCUCUGGAUGGCUUGAGAAGAACAAGGACCCCCUGAACGAAACUGUCGUGGGGCUGUACCAGAAAUCAUCCCUGAAGACAUUAGCCUUACUGUUUGCCUCUGUUGGUGGGGCAGAAGCGGAGAGCGGUGGCGGUGGCAAGAAAGGUGGCAAGAAGAAGGGGUCUUCUUUCCAGACUGUCUCAGCUCUUUUCCGGGAAAAUUUAAACAAACUGAUGAGCAAUCUGCGAAGCACACAUCCCCAUUUUGUGCGAUGCCUCAUUCCCAAUGAAACAAAAACACCUGGUGCCAUGGAGCAUGAACUGGUGCUGCACCAGCUGCGCUGUAACGGCGUGCUGGAAGGGAUCAGGAUUUGCAGAAAAGGAUUCCCAAGCAGAAUACUUUAUGCAGACUUUAAACAGAGGUACAAGGUGCUUAAUGCCAGUGCCAUCCCUGAGGGACAGUUCAUUGACAGCAAGAAAGCUUCCGAGAAACUCCUUGGGUCAAUCGAUGUGGACCACACCCAGUACAAAUUUGGUCACACCAAG